AUGGAAAGGAUUGAAGAUAAGCAAAAGAGGCACGUCACAUUCUCCAAGAGGAGGAAUGAUCUCUUCAAAAAGGUGGAGGAGAUCUGCUCUCUUACAGGUGCCACCAUUGCCAUCAUCUACUUCAGUGAAGCAGGAAACCCCUUCACUUUCUGUCAUCCUCCUCCUGCGGAUGGCCACCAACAAUUCCUGCAGCAGUACUAUGGGAGUUCCAGUGGCUGCACCAUCACUGCUGCUCCUUCCCAAUCAGCACCUGAAUUGUUGGUGGCCAUCCGCAGAAGGAGGAUGACAGAAAGUGAAGGGGUUUCCUGCUUCACUGAAGCAGAUGAUGGCAAUGGUGGCACCUGUAAGAGUGCAGAUCUCCUCCGCCUUUUUGAAGAGAUCAUUCCUCCUCUUGGAGAAGGUGACGUGCCUCUAUUGCUUAUCUUCAAUCCUUUCCAUGUUAAUCCUCUUUUUUCUCAUCUUCAAGCAAGUCCAAGGCUGGCCAAUUGA